CAGCCCCCGCCCCUCCUCCCGGCGUCAGCCCGCCAGAGGCCGCGCGGGGCCCGGGCUUCGGCCGAUCAGCCCGGGAGGCCCCGCCGCGCCCCCUUGGCCCGCGCGCCCGUGGUCACAGUGGAAGAGGCGCCCGCGCUGCGCUGCCCAGAGGAGCCGUCGCGCGCCCGCUUCCUGUUCGGCUGGUUCCUGCCAGCUCGAGGACAAAACACGCGUGCGCGCGGCGGGCGAGCGCGCUCGCCGCCUCAGUCGCCGGCGCCGGGCGCAGUCCGCCUUUUUCCGGAGCAGCCUGGCCGCGGUGCUAGUCGGUAGCAGCGGCCGCCGCAGCGGCUCCGCACUGGCGAACCGAGGGCAGAAAAAGGCGGGGUUGACGGCUUUUUGGUAGGAGUGGGCUGGACCGGACGCCAGAGACAAAGGCUCCCAAGGCAAGAGGGACUGUGGCCCUGCGUCGGCUCUGCUCGGGACUGCUGACCCCAGGAAUUUACGCCCCUUCGUUUUUCUCUUCUGAUUCUUCUCUUCUCCCAAGCCCGCGUCCCCUCACGCGUGGCCUCUCUCCUUGCCGGGAGGGCCGCGAUGGAGGUCCCGCCCAGGCUUUCCCAUGUGCCGCCGCCAUUGUUCCCCUCCGCUCCCGCUACUUUAGCCUCUCGCAGCCUCUCCCAUUGGCGGCCGCGGCCGCCGCGGCAGCUAGCCCCGCUCCUCCCUUCGCUCGCUCCCAGCUCCGCCCGGCAGGGGGCGCGCCGGGCCCAGCGCCACGUCACCGCCCAGCAGCCCUCCCGAUUGGCGGGCGGGGCGGCUAUAAAGGGAGGGCGCAGGCGGCGCCCGGAUCUCUUCCGCCGCCAUUUUAAAUCCAGCUCCAUACAACGCUCCGCCGCCGCUGCUGCCGCGACCCGGACUGCGCGCCAGCACCCCCCUGCCGACAGCUCCGUCACUAUGGAGGAUAUGAACGAGUACAGCAAUAUAGAGGAAUUCGCAGAGGGAUCCAAGAUCAACGCGAGCAAGAAUCAGCAGGAUGACGGUAAAAUGUUUAUUGGAGGCUUGAGCUGGGAUACAAGUAAAAAAGAUCUGACAGAGUACUUGUCUCGAUUUGGGGAAGUUGUAGACUGCACAAUUAAAACAGAUCCAGUCACUGGGAGAUCAAGAGGAUUUGGAUUUGUGCUUUUCAAAGAUGCUGCUAGUGUUGAUAAGGUUUUGGAACUGAAAGAACACAAACUGGAUGGCAAAUUGAUAGAUCCCAAAAGGGCCAAAGCUUUAAAAGGGAAAGAACCUCCCAAAAAGGUUUUUGUGGGUGGAUUGAGCCCGGAUACUUCUGAAGAACAAAUUAAAGAAUAUUUUGGAGCCUUUGGAGAGAUUGAAAAUAUUGAACUUCCCAUGGAUACAAAAACAAAUGAAAGAAGAGGAUUUUGUUUUAUCACAUAUACCGAUGAAGAGCCAGUAAAAAAAUUGUUAGAAAGCAGAUACCAUCAAAUUGGUUCUGGGAAGUGUGAAAUCAAAGUUGCACAACCCAAAGAGGUAUAUAGGCAGCAACAGCAACAACAAAAAGGUGGAAGAGGUGCUGCAGCUGGUGGACGAGGUGGUACGAGGGGUCGUGGCCGAGGUCAGGGCCAAAACUGGAACCAAGGAUUUAAUAACUAUUAUGAUCAAGGAUAUGGAAAUUACAAUAGUGCCUAUGGUGGUGAUCAAAACUAUAGUGGCUAUGGCGGAUAUGAUUAUACUGGGUAUAACUAUGGGAACUAUGGAUAUGGACAGGGAUAUGCAGACUACAGUGGCCAACAGAGCACUUAUGGCAAGGCAUCUCGAGGGGGUGGCAAUCACCAAAACAAUUACCAGCCAUACUAAAGGAGAACAUUGGAGAAAACAGCGGGAACUUCAUUGCAGGCCGUGUGUCACCCUGACCACGUCUAUCUCUGGGGGUCGCACGUUGCGGGCAGAGCGCAAGGCAUACACCAGAAAACGCUGUCCUGUGGUAUGGUCUCUUCCAACUUCAUGUACCAGCGUAAAGAUUAAAGUGGAAAACUUCAGACUUUGGCUUCUUUUUUAAUCUUUUUGGAGAUUAAGUGUCUAAACUUAACUUAAAUGGUUUUUUACAGGAGUUAAAGUACAUAAAUGCCUUUUUACAGCUUAAUCAUUUUGGUCUUCUGUUUAGUGUUGUAUUUCAAUUGUGGAGCCUCAUUUUAAGUGUUCAUUCUUUUAAGAUUUAAUGCUUGCUUUUUCUUUUUAUAGCUAAUAGUGAAAUCUACAAACCAAAACAAGAACUUUUAAAUCUGGGAUAUAAAUUAAAGAUCAUAUGCACAGAUCAAUUUAUGUUCUUGUAAUAAACUUAUUAGAAAUUGGUGUUUGUGAUAGCAUUUUACUUGGGUUACUAGAGAUGCUUCUAGUAGACCUUAAUCUAGCAUAGUUGAACCUCUGAAUAUGGGAAGGUUGUAUUCCCAGAUUCUUUCCUGAAUAGAUUUGAAUUUAAUGUCAUUUGGGAACUCCAGGGUGAGUUUAUUGACUACCCAAACUGUAUUUUACCAAUAAAUAUGCAUAUGAUCUUUAAUUAUUGAAGAAAAUAAAGUGAGGACUUAAAACAAUUCAUGAAAGUGGACCUUUAAAAGCUUGUCAGAGUUGCACAAAUCUAACUGGUAUUUUGUUUUUGUUUUUAGGAGGAGAUGUUAAAGUAACCCAUCUUGCAGGACGACAUUGAAGAUUGGUCUUCUGUUGAUCUAAGAUGAUUAUUUUGUAAAAGACUUUCUAGUGUACAAGACACCAUUGUGUCCAACUGUAUAUAGCUGCCAAUUAGUUUUCUUUGUUUUUACUUUGUCCUUUGCUAUCUGUGUUAUGACUCAAUGUGGAUUUGUUUAUACACAUUUUAUUUGUAUCAUUUCAUGUUAAACCUCAAAUAAAUGCUUCCUUAUGUGA